CGUGACGUCAUGUCGGCAGUUCUGGAUUUCUACAGAAUCUGGUUAAGGGGGGAUAUAAUUUUGUAUCGUAAAAAUUCACAUGAUAUAUGCUAAAUCUAAAUCUCAAUCACAAUUCUGAAGCAUCAUAAACAUCAAUAAAUUAAUAUAAGAUCACUAUAUUGGUAAGAAAUCCCGAAAUAAGGGAAGAUAACACCUUAGAAGGAGACCAAAGCGUCGGACGACGAUUGUCGUCGGUUAUCACCGUCGCCAUUGGUACGGAGAUUCUACUAUUAUUUCGCCACUAAGUUACUGUGUGGUAGAUAUGCAGCUGUAAGGUUGUGGUGGUGGUGCUGGAGGUGGGUUGUGGUGAAAUCAUGGGCUUGUGUUUGUGUGGCGCUCGGUGCCAGUGACCAAGGACAUGCCGAGCAUCCAUGAGACUAUUGAGUCUGAUGAGAGCUUCUCUUCUCUCUCUGAUGCCGACCAGGAAGAAGAUCAAAACCAUGACCAACAGCCAAGCCACAGCACUGCCACACACUCGCCAGCAGUGAGGAGGUCUAAGAGCCACCACUCGCAGGAACAGGAUAAGGCAGGACACCGUAAGGGAGCACCUCGGGGCUCCCCAACGGACCCUCAGCAGGUUCGGGAGCCUCGGGCUCUGGUUGAGUAUUCUGACGUAAGCUCAGAAGCAUUCUCGGAACCUGAGGCGGGUGAAAUCACAGAUAGUCCCAGCCAAAGCCCUGUCAUAAGCCCUCGUGUUAAUCGACAACGGCCUCGUUCACCAACACGCUCAUCAAGACUAAGCCCUCGCCCUAGUCCAGCAUCCUACAGUGCAAAUCUAAGUCGAAGUCCUUCUUACGUCCCACGCACACCUCCCCCAAGGCCUCCUCGAGAGCCUCUGCAUAGUGACGGAGAAGUUGAAGCGUCUCCUACUACUUCCCAUCACACUUCCCAUAGCUCCCGCCCACUUGUACCUUAUCCAGUGGUCAUGUCCCCUGAUCGCCGUUCCCUAGAAACCCGAGGAGAUUACUAUCGCUCUAGGGAACCAUACCACCAUUCACGCACUCCUUCAGAAUCUGACAGGGACCAUUCUCGAUCCCGAAAAAAGGAACACAAAAAGGACAAGAAGAGAAAAGAAAAGAAACGAAAGAGAUCUGAACGAUCACAUAGUCCAGUGUUACAUAAGAAAAAGAAAAAGAAAAGUAAGCACAAAUCCCGAAGUGGUAGUCCAGAAUUUGAUGAUGAAGGAGGGGUUGGGGAUGGUAGUGUUGUUAGUUCAGAUGAUGACAUUUCAGAAGCAAUUGUUAUUAAAAGUGUUCCAAGAAUUAUCCCUAGUCAUGAUCCAAGAUCAGCAGGUGCACCAUCUAGGGUACGAAAUCGUGGCGAGGAGCCCAGUCCUCUUAGUUCAAAUGAAGAGGAAAUAAUAGUAAGCCCUCAGCCACUUCCUGAAGUAAAUCAUACCCGUGGUAGUGAGCUUCGAAGAACACCACCUACUCAUGCAUCACAUCAUAGAUCUCGUGAACGAACCCCUACACAUAGAACACCACCCAGAUCACCCCACACGCCCAGCCCGCCUCGUCAUCGUAGUGCCCGACAUUCGACGCCACCACAGCCUCAGCCAUCAUCAACCAGUAAGAAUUAUGAUAGGUCAAGCCGGCCACAUCACAUAAGCCCACGCAGACCAUCUACGCCUCCACUACCAAGUCAGAGACGUGGAAACAUUACUCCACCAUCCAGAAACUCGCCAAGAAGGCCAGCUUCACAUCGUGCCCAUACCCCUCCACCUAUAUACAAUAGAAAGAGGUCUCGUUCUAGAAGCCCUAUUUCAUACAUUGAGAUUAGGGGUAGCCCAGAAACUCCACCUCAUACAAGUAGUAGGUAUUAUGCAACGGCCUCAGGCUCACGUAAGGAAGAAAAGAAGAAAAAGAAGAAAGACUAUCAUUCACAUGGCCGUAGGAGCAGAAGCAGAAGUCGAAGUGUCAGUAGAAGCCGCAGCAGGAGUAGGGGACAAACACCAAGUAGACGGAAACGUAGAAGUGGAAGCCGCAGUCCUACCCACAGACGAGAUCGUGUCCACAGACGAUCCCCAGCUCGACCCCGUCAUCCCUCACCUCGUCGUCCUCCUGCGGCAGCUGGUGGUCUAGCACAUGAUAACAAUAUGAGUUCAACAAGCUUAUUUGCAGAACUUGUUAAGAGUAGAAAGAACAGAGAACGUAUUAUGGCUUUAAUGACCAAGGAAGGGGAAAAGACUGAAAAGGGUAAGGAAAAUGUAGAACCUGAAGGAGGUGGGUCCACCUCAGGUCCUGACACCCCUACCCCUGGUCCCACUCCAGCUCCAUCUGCUAUUCCAAAUGGAGCAGCCAAAGUUGAAAAUAAUGCAGGAGCCACAGCUGACCAGGAAGAAACUUCUAACCAGUCUUGUCAAUCAGAUCAGCCAGCAAUUAAUACCUCACAAACUCCUGAGAUAGGUAAAAUUGACUUCAAGAAAGUUACAGUACCAACUAGCCUCACAAAACUACCAAUGCCACCAGGCAUCAAUUUGGAAGACAUUGAUUCUCCUACAUCUCCCAGUACACCUCCAGAGUCCAAGCCCACCAGGAAAAGUAUUAUCACAGAUCUUCCUAUGCCUCCAAUGAUAGCAGGAACGGAGGAACUUUCACCAGAUGAUGAUGCUCUGAGUACACCACCUCUCUCAAGAUCAGCCCCCCCCAAACCAAGACCAACAGCAGCAAGACCAAAAAUUUUAAAUGCAAAGCGGCAGGAUCGCACCUCUCUUGAAGACUGGAGUGAGCGUUGUGUUGAAGUGUUUGACAUAAUUGCACAGAUUGGAGAGGGAACAUAUGGGCAGGUGUAUAAAGCAAGAGCCAAAGAUAAGAAAAAUGAUGAAAUGGUUGCCCUCAAGAAGGUCCGUUUAGAAAAUGAGAAGGAAGGAUUUCCAAUCACAGCUGUCCGGGAAAUUAAAAUCUUGAAGCAACUUCAUCACAAAAAUAUUGUCAACCUCAAGGAGAUUGUCACAGACAAGCAGGAUGCUGUUGACUUUAGACAUGACAAAGGUUCAUUCUACUUGGUAUUUGAGUACAUGGACCAUGACCUGAUGGGGCUUCUUGAGUCUGGCAUGGUGGAGUUUUCUGAGCAACAUAAUGCUUCCAUUAUGCGGCAGCUCCUCAAUGGCCUUAAUUACUGUCAUAAAAAGAAUUUUCUUCAUAGAGAUAUUAAAUGCAGCAAUAUCCUCAUGAAUAACAAGGGUCAAAUCAAACUUGGUGAUUUUGGUCUUGCUAGAUUAUUUAGUUCAAACAAGGAGCGCCCAUAUACAAACAAGGUCAUCACAUUAUGGUAUCGCCCCCCUGAAUUGUUGCUAGGAGAAGAGCGAUAUGGGCCAGCCAUUGAUGUGUGGUCAUGUGGCUGUAUCCUUGGGGAACUCUUCCAAAAGCGUCCACUUUUUCAGGCCAGUACUGAAGCCAUGCAGUUAGAUGUAAUAUCUCGAGUGUGUGGGACACCAUCACCAGCUGAUUGGCCAGACAUAGUAAAAUUACCUGGCUGGGGAACAAUGAAGCCUAAAAAGACAUACCGAAGAAGGAUUAUGGAAGACUUCAAAGACAAAAUGCCUCAACCAGCCUUGGACCUUCUAGAUCAAAUGCUGAAGUUAGAUCCAUCCAAACGUAUCAGUGCAGAAAACGCUCUUAAUAGUGCCUGGCUGAAGAAUGUUGAUCCUGACCUAAUGGAACCACCACCAUUACCCAAGUAUCAGGAUUGCCAUGAGUUGUGGAGUAAGAGAAGGAGGCGCCAACUCAAGGAACAACAGGAGGCAGCAAUUGGUGUUGUGGGGCCCCAGUGUCCCCAAGGAAAACCAGUGGGACCUGUAGGUAGCUCACAAGGUUUUACUGGCCCUCACAAGGAUCAACGUCCAGUAUACAGAGGUGGACCUGAUGAAGGGAGCCUUGAUGGACGUCGCCAUGAGAGUAACAGUGGGGAAGGCUACAUAAGCAAUAGCCUGCCAGCUUCCCGGAGUAAUUCUCCAAGACCCUCCUCAUUACACUACCGAGGGCCAGGUUCACAUACACCCCCAGGUGCAGCAGCUGGGGACAGCCUUACUCCACCCCAGGUCACUCAUCGCUACAAUACUCCACCUGUAACUCAUGAUGACUCUCAUCCACUCUACCGCCCACUUUACCAUCUGGCACACUUAAUAAACACUCGACAGACUGUAGUUUUUGGUCAGUUAGCUGCUUUGACGAGUGAUCAGAUGGAUGUAGGUAUACGUCGAUUACUAGAAAGAUUGAAUGCAGCCGUACUUUUGGCAGCCACAGCUCGAGAGAGGCGGAUGCGUAGUGAUUCUGCGGUCAUAGAUGUGAGCGAAUUAACUGUAGAGCCUAAUGAGCCCAUUAUUACUCCAUCAGCUUUAUUUGGGGAAGGUGACAUUGGACUACUAUCAGAAGGUGUUCGAGAAGCUUUGUCACAGCUGUUUGGUCUCUUCAAUCUUACUGUAUCAGGGUUAGCUCCAGGUCCUGUUCAACCUACUAGAGGUCAAAUGAUUCCCCACAGUGACCAUACCCACCGCUACAACAACACUGGUCGUGUUACAUGACCAUUUUCGUCAACACCAUAGUAGGUUGCUUAAAACCUAAAAGGGUUGGCAGUUGUAGAUGGGAGUGAGUAUGGUGUGGGGUGCUCAGGUGUUCCUGCAGUCAGCCUUGUUCCUUAACUACCCCACCCUUACCCAGAUGUGUUGUGCCACUACCGUCAACACCACUCACAGCCUCAAAGAGUGGUAGAUUGUCUUCUGGAAUAGUGGUUUCUUUAAGCUGCUACCCUCUGUGGGCAUUCAGGAAGUAUGAUUGUGAAUUGCAUUACCAGUGAAUGAUUUAAGGUUACUGCAACAGUGUUCCAGUUGGACAAAAAGAAAAAAAUGGACAGCAGGUUAGUGGGUGGAUGACAAGGACUUCCCUGUUAUACCAGGAGUAAAUCGUCAAGCAUUCCAUGAAGCCUCCAUGUUUGAUAUUUGCUAAUAUAGAAUGACCAUGUUUGUUAACAGUUAAUGAGUGAGCUUAAGCUGUGUUGACCUUAGACAGUGUCUUGAGGACAUGACUGCUGUCCUGGAACAAAUGGUCUGGUGUCUGACGCAGUUGUCAGGCUGUUCAAUCUGUGAUGUGUAUUAUAAAUGUAAAUCUAAAUUAUGCAUCUCCUCCACUGCAGUUCUUUAGUAUUGACUUUAAUACAGAGAUCUGCAGGUUGUUACAACAAGUUCUGUAGAAUUACCGAGAUAAAAUUUUGUCUAUAGUCCAAUGUGUACCAUUGGUUUGUAAUGGUAACUUUUAUAUAAAUAAAAUAAAACAAAAAAACAAAA